GGUUUUUUUGUUGUUGGGUGUCGUAACCAUCGGGUGCCACCAUAUAAAAUGACUCCGCUCGGCUACCGGGAAGACCAUCCGUCGUCUAACCGUCUCUGCAAAAUGUUCCGUCUUAGCGUUCUGCUGACCAUCUGUCUGGCCGCAACGGCCCUCGGCAACGUACUGUCGCCCGAGUACUACGAAUGGGCCGGCCGUAUCGUUGGUGGCCAGAACGCUGGAACGAACCAGUUCCCGUACCAGGUGUCGCUGCGCUCCUCCGGCAACUCGCACUUCUGCGGUGGCUCGAUCAUUAACAACCGCUACGUGCUGUCGGCUGCUCACUGCACGGUCGGCCGUACCACCGCCAACACCAUCUCGGUGGUCGGUGCUAUCUUCCUGAACGGAGGCGGCAUUGCGCACAGCACUGCCCGCAUCGUCAACCAUCCGAGCUACAACGCCAACACGCUGGCCAACGAUGUGUCGCUGGUGCAGACCGCCACUUUCAUCACGUACACUGCCGCCGUGCAGCCGAUCGCCCUCGGAACGAACUUCGUCACCGGUGGUGGAGCCGUCGCUUCCGGCUGGGGUCAGCUUGGAGCCAACAUCGGUAUCCCGAACCAUCUCCAGUUCCUGAACACCCAGAUCAUCACGCUGGCUGACUGCCGCAACCGUCACACCGCAGCCAACGCUGGCCGCGUCUUCGACUCGACCGUCUGUACGCUGAGCCCGUCCGGCCAGGGCAUGUGCAUGGGUGACUCCGGCGGCCCGCUGGUGCAGGGCGGUGCCCUCCACGGUAUUGUCUCGUGGGGUAUCCCGUGCGGUCUCGGCAUGCCCGACGUGUUCGCUCGCGUCUCGUCCUUCGUCGGCUGGAUCAAUGCCAACGCUGUCUUGGCCGUCAGUGGUGAGUCGGCCACUUCGGAUCCGCUCUACCAGCAGUGGAAGGGUCGGAUCGUCGGUGGCACUUACGCACGCGAUGGAGACUUCCCGUAUCAGGCCUCGUUCCGCACGCUGGACGGUAUGCACAUCUGUGGCGGUGCCGUGCUGAACCAGCAGUGGGUCAUUACGGCCGCUUCGUGUCUGUUUGGCCGUUCGACUGCGGACACGCGCGUCGUGGUGGGAGCCUACCGGUUGAGCCAGGGUGGCUUCAAUCUCGGCCUGCGACGCAUCGUCAUCCAUCCCAACUUUGCAUCGGCCACGCUGGCCAACGACGUUGCGGUGGCUCGUGUGGCACAGCAGAUGGUGCUGAGUGAUGCCGUGCAGGGUGUGCAGCUUGGCUCGUACAACAUUAACGUGGCCUACGGAGCCCUUGUGUCCGGCUGGGGUCGUAUCGAGUUCUCCAACCCCCAGUUCCCGGACAACUUGCAGUACAUUGCGGUAAACGUGAUCUCGCAGCUGGAAUGCCGCGCACGGUUCGCUGCACCGUACGAUGCACGGAUCUACGAUUCGACCAUGUGCAGCAGCAGCCCGGUCGGCCAGGGCACGUGCCUCGGUGAUGCGGGCAGUCCACUGAUCCACGGUGCCGAACUGCACGGCAUCGUUUCGUGGGGCAUUCCGUGCGACGCAGCGCUUCGUACAGCGGAUUGGGAGGGACGUAUUGUCAAUGGUUUGAACGCGGUUUCGGGCCAGUUCCCGUACCAGGUGUCGCUGACAUCGGCAACGUACCAGCACUUCUGCGGCGGUGCCAUCAUCGGCAACCACUGGAUCCUGACGGCGGCCCACUGUCUCACCGGCCGCAAGCCGGCGGAAGUGAUCGCCGUGGUCGGUGCGCUGACGAGUGCGCGCGGUGGCUACAACUACGACGUGGAGCAGUUCAUACUGCACCCGAACUUCAACGAGUGGACGCAGCAGAACGAUAUCGCGCUCGUGCGCACCAAGUGGUCGAUCAGCUUCAAUACGGCGGUGUUCCCGGUGAAGAUGGCCCGCACGUACACGCCGGCCAAUCGGGCCGUGCUCGCAUCCGGGUGGGGUUUGACCACGCUGAGCGUACCGAAACCGGCCGACCGGCUGCAGUACGUGGCGCUGCGUACGAUCAGCAACGAGGAUUGCUCGGAGCGGUUCCGCAAGCUGCAGAAUCGUGCCAUCACGCCGAGCAUUCUUUGCACGUUCAGCCGCAACGAGCAGGGCACUUGCAUGGGCGAUUCGGGCGGCCCGCUGGUUGAGGAUGGCGAGCUCGUUGGCAUCGUGUCGUGGGGCAUUCCCUGUGCCGUCGGCUAUCCGGAUGUGUAUGUGCGUGUUUCAUCGUUCCGCGCCUGGAUCGGUGCAGUCACCGGAGUGUACUGAGCGAGCGACAGGACAGGCGAAGGCAAGCGCGAUUAAAGCAUGACGACAAAUAAAUCAACGAAUCGUUUCGUUUCUUUGGUUACUAAAA